UCGGCAUUCGGAAAGCAACGAUGAAACCGUACGCAGCCUGCACGACCGCUGUGCUUGCCUUGCUGCUGGCCGGUACUGCCCAGGCGCAGUUAAGAGACGGUCGAGCACAAAGCCUGGACCUUCUCCGCAUGCUCACCGACAAACCAUGGAUCGGACUCGGACCCCACAACCGCUGGGACAGGGCACCUCGUAUUGACAUGGAUUUAGGAUACACGGGCUUAGGACCUCACCUGCCUCCGGUACAGGUUGCUGAGGAUAGGAAUUACCUUGAUGAUGAGAUCAGGGGCGUGUCAGAAAAGCGAUCCGCCGUGGCGACAGCACUAAACUCGGGUCGCCGGAGACGGCAGCCGACUCCGGCGCUUGGUAAGGCAGUCACGCCGUAUGUCGGCGUCGGCGUGCUAAACGACAUGGGCUCAUUCUUCGACUCCCUGCGUGACAACCUGGAGACGCUGGUGUCCCUCUCGCCACAGGAACGCUCCACACUCUUCCAGGACCCACCGUCUGUUGUACCCGCACCGGCUUCCAAUACCGGUGGUGGCGGCAGUGGCAUUAGGAAGCUGUACGCACUCCGCCCUCUCAGACCUACCGGCAACAUCAGGCGGACGGUGGCUACCCGGGUGCCAACCACCAUGACCCUGGCCUGCUGUGGACCGGACUCGGCCGGUAGACGACACACUCACACACCCACACACUCAUACACCGACACAUACACUCACAGUGACCAACGUAACGGAAUGAACCAUGUAGUACAGCCACGGAAACCGCCGCAUGUUUCACAUUUGAAACCAAAUUAUUUAGAUGUAAGUGGUGUAUCGCUACCGGAGAUUAUUUUAGCUCUGCAGGAAUAUUGCUAUCUGUGAAACUUAUACUAAGUACGGUAUCUAGUCGACCUCUGAUCUAGUCAAUCGAAAGUUUGGACUAACUUGACAAUCCUAAGAUUAUAACUACACAAUUAAACUUUCACUUUUCAUAUUCAGUUCUUUAAAUCGUCCCCAUAGAUAGAUUUACUACGGCAGUAAGUUUCUUUCAAAAAUGUCUUGGGAUUUUCAAGCUGAAUUUCAUAUGGAACAUUUUUCUAUAAUCCCUAUUUCAAGUAGAUGUAAGCAUUUUGCCCAUGAAUGUAUUAUUAAAGUACCUACUUAAUGGUUAUUAAAAUAAAUUUAGAAAUACAUAAUUAUUACUAUUCAUUUUCUAUUGUAUUUGGAAAUUCUUAUAUUUCCAUUGUAACAUACUAUUUAAAAGAUUACUUCGAUAUUGUGGACUUUCUAUUGAAAAUGAAGUUACGUUUUCUACUUGAUGUCUUUAUGAGGAGUGUAAGCCGAUUUGCACCUUCAAACGAUCAAAGACGAUGUGUGUAAGUCAUAUACAUGAACCUAACAUUUAGCUUGUAAAGGACACAUUAUUGAAGAACUAUUCAUUUUUUAAUCACAAAAACGCUGAAAAAUUUUCUUACGAAUUAGUACUUAUAUUUUUAUGUUGCUAUUGAAUUGUGAAUUAUUUAUUUUAUUUAUUGGAUAACUCGAGCAACUAUUAUGGCCUUUAGAUUUACUUUUUUUUUUCAAUUGAGCGGCGACAGCAACUUAAGGCACUGACUUAUAAAUGGGUUCAGAAUUUUCCAACAAUACUAAACGUGUCGUUUCUUUGUUAUGAUCCCAUAUUUAUAAAAUGUAUUAAAUUAUUAUAGGUAGUUACCAAAGAUUCAUGUACCUAUUACGUUAUGUAAACGUUGAAAUUUUGUCUCUUUAUGGAAAGAAUACUGUACCUAAAUGUAUGUCUAUUCGAAGUUAAAUAUCUACUCUAGAUAAUUAAGUACCGUAUGUAAACUAACACCGAAUAUUAUUUGUAUUAAUAUUUACGUAUUUAAUAUUAAUU